GAAGGGCGGAACUUGAGCGCCAGCCAGGGUGGCCGCAGAAGACUGCGGGCUUUUUGCCUCUGCAGGGGCGGAGUUAGGCAGGGCCGGAGGCGGGGUUUUAAGGCCAGCCUUCAGGUGCACAUCUCCGAUUGAGCGGGGUGGGACCUGGGGCGGGGCUUGGGGCGGGACCCAGUCUGCUUUUUGACAGCUGUCUUUCCGCACAGCUGUAGCCGACUGGGUUUAGGAACUUGUGGCCCGGCUCUCUGCGCGUCCCCGUCCCCCCGUGGCCCUAGCCCCGGCCAUGAAGCGCAUCUUCUCCUGCUCCAGUUCACAAGUGGCGGUGGAGAAAUGGAACCGUCGUGAUCAGAAGCUGCUGGAGGCGGUGCAGCGGGGGGACGUGGGACGCGUGGCUGCCUUGGCCUCUAGGAAGUCAGCCCGACCCACCAAACUAGACUCAAAUGGCCAGUCCCCGUAAGUUCCAUCUGGCAGCCUCCAAAGGCCUGACCGAGUGUCUGACAGUACUGCUUGCAAAUGGGGCAGAUAUCAACAGCAAGAAUGAGGACGGAAGCACCGCCCUUCAUUUGGCCACCAUCUCCUGUCAGCCACAGUGUGUGAAGGUUUUGCUUCAGCAUGGUGCUAAUGAAGAUGCUGUGGAUGCAGAAAAUCGCAGUCCGUUACACUGGGCAGCCUCCUCAGGCUGCGCCUCAAGUGUCCUCCUGCUGUGUGACCAUGAAGCCUUCCUGGAUGUGUUGGAUAAUGAUGGACGCACACCCCUGAUGAUUGCAUCGCUGGGUGGUCAUGCAGCUAUCUGCUCACAGCUGCUGCAGAGAGGUGCCCGAGUUAAUGUUACCGACAAGGAUGACAAAUCAGCUUUGAUCCUGGCCUGUGAGAAAGGCAGCGCUGAAGUGGCUGAGCUGCUCCUGAGUCAUGGAGCGGAUGCUGGAGCUGUGGACAGCUUGGGACACAGUGCUCUUCAUUACGCUCUGCAUACACAAGACAAGGAGCUGUGCAGGCUGCUACAGCAGGCCCUGAACCGGCGGCGGAGAGGCGGUCAUGGACUGGUUCAACACCCAGAUCACGCAUCUCAGGCCUCUUCGUCUGAGCCUCGGGUGGGAUCUCCUCCUAAGAGCUCAUGGAGAGCAGAGCCCGAGGAAGAGCAGGAGGAAGAGGAGGGGGAGGAGCGGUGCUCAGAAGAGUGGAGGUGGAAGUAUGAGGAGGAGCAGAGGAAAGUUCAUCAGCUGGAGCAGGAGCUAGUGCGAAAGACAGAUGAGUGUAAGGCUCGAGCUGCCGCCUUCUUAAGCCUAGAGAACCAGAUUCGAGAGCAAGCGCAAGAACUAAGCCAUCUCCUAGUGCAAGAACCCGGAGCUCCAGGAAAUCAAGGCCCUGGUCUCCGGCCUGAAGGAGAUGGUAUGGAGCAGGGUUGUCCCCUGAACCUGCUGGCUGAGCGGAUCCAAGAACUAAAGAAGCAGCAGAAGGCCACAGCCACAAUAAACCCAACAUUAGUUCCCAAGAGAGCUGAAGACUUAGCCCCAGCAGAGAUCCACUGUGAAGUACAUGCAAAGUCCCAACCAGAACAGGGGCUGCCCCAGAGCCCAAGGUCUGAGACCACCGGGAAAGCCACGGGACAGCAACCGAACACCAAUGGGGGGCAGAACCUUGACUUCAAAAACGUUGAGCAGGUGUGUGCUGGCCGGAAGGAGACGGCCCUGGCUCCAGGGACUGAACCGGCAGGCACAGUGGGAGAACCAGUGGGUAUAGCAGCCUUGAACCAGCUGCUCCUACAGCUACGGGAAGAGCUGGCUGCAGUGUGGCGAGAAAAGGACGUUGCCAGAGGGGCUUUGUCAAGACCAGUUCUGGAGGGAGCCCUGGGGACUCCCAGAGCUGAGGCUGCAGCAGCUGCCUGGGAAAAGAUGGAAGCCAGGCUUGAGAGGGUGCUGGUAAGGUUGGAUCGAGCAAAGAUGGGACUGCAUGUGAAACCUGAGGUCCCCGUCCAGGGCUCCAGAGACGGAGCCCCAAAGGCAGUCUCAGUCCCGGUAUGCACUAAAGAGGAGGAACAAAAGAGGGCUUCUGGGGCCAGAGGAGAGCCCUUAGGGGCCCCUGGAGGAGAACAGGCCUCAGGAAGAGGCCUGGCAAAGGGACAGCUGGAGAAAGAGGUGUCAGCACUGAGACUGAGCAAUAGCAAUUUGCUGGAGGAAUUGGGAGAGCUGGGGCGAGAGAGACAACGCUUGCAGGGAGAGCUGCAGUCCUUGACUCAGAAGCUACAACGGGAGUUUGUGCCCAAGCCUGAGGCACAGGUCCAGCUACAGCAGUUGCGGAGGAGCGUGGGGUUGUUGACAGAAGAACUGGCCAUGGAGAAGGAGGCCACAGAGAAGCUGCGCAGGCGUCUGGCCUCCCAGAACAGCGGCCUGCAAGGACUGUGGAACUGCCUACCUCCAGACCUCGUGGGCAAGGGGAGUGCACAGAGUACAGCUGCAGAACCCCUGGAGGAGCUACAGGCCUGCAUCAGCACCCUGGUGGAUAGGCAUCUCGAGACCCAACUGGUGGUGGCUCGGUUGGAGGAGGAAAACCAGCAGCUGAGGGGAUCCUUGGCUCCCUGUGGAGAGCCAGAAGCCUCCCUGAAAGCUACAGCAUCCCCGCAAGUGGCCGCCCUGGAGGAAGAUCUGGGGAAGCUAGAGGAAGAGCUACGGGCUGUGCAGGCCACGAUGAGCGGGAAGAGCCAGGAGAUCUGCAAGCUGAAGCAGCUGCUCUACCAAGCCACGGAAGAAGUGGCUGAGCUGAGAGCUCGGGAAGCAGCCAGCCUGCGACAGCACGAGAAGACAAGAGGCUCGCUGGUGGCCCAGGCGCAGGCUUGGGGCCAGGAGCUCAAAGUUGUACUGGAGAAGUACAACACAGCCUGUCGGGAAAUGACUCGAUUGCGGGACACUGUGGCAGAGGAACGUCGCCGCAGCGAGGACCUGGUGGCUCGGGCGGCCGAGCAGGAACGCCAGGCUGGCGAGAUGCGCGGGCGCUCGGAGCAGUUCGAGAAAACUGCUGAGCUGCUGAAAGAGAAGACAAACCACCUCAUCGGGGCUUGCCGGGACAAGGAGGCCAAGAUCAAGGAGUUGUUGAAGAAGCUGGAGAAGCUUUCGGAGGAAGUUCUAGAAGUCCGGGGGGAGAAUACCCACCUUGCCCUACAGUUGCAGGAUUCCCAGAAGAACCAUGAAGAGAUCAUCUCCACCUACAGGAAUCAUCUACUGAAUGCGGCUCAGGGCUACAUGGAACAAGACGUCUACAACAUCCUACUUCGAAUCCUCAGCUUGCAGGAGUGAGGCAGGCUCACUGUGUACCCUCAGGGAUAAAGGCAUUUCCCUUUUGGAAUAACGAGGCUCCAUCAAGCUGUGGUGGGCAUGUGGGCAGCUGGUGAUUACCCACUAGUGGUGCUGUGGGUGGGGCUUCAAGGGACACAUGGACUCCAGACCUGAAAACCUGGGCCCUGGAAUCAGCAUAGAUUAGAUCAGAAUUGUGGAUGUAAACUAGCUCCAUGGAAAAUAAAGCAGAAAACAGAUGGUC